AUGAUCAUGAUUAAAGUGAUGUUAAUUGCUCCAACAUAUGAUAGACCAGGUUAUAAGAAAGCCAAUGGUUUUCGUACAAUAAUUAAAGUAAUUAACAAAUUUGUACCAAUAUUGGUUAAAUUGACAUCUCUUGAUUGUCCAGAAAAUGUUCAACAAUUGAUUAAUGAAACAAAUCAACGAUCAUCAACAUCACCGAGCAAUUAUGUCAACUCAAUCAACGGAGUUUUAACAAUUCUCAUUGAAUUGUGUAAUUUAACAAUUGAUUGUCAUCAAAAUUGGUCCAUAAUUAAAGACCCUAAAGAAAAGUAUCUUUGGCUUCAACGGACUUAUCGUUAUACUUACGAAAAACUGGCCAACGAACUGAUAGAUUACUGGACGUACCACGAACUAUUCUGGUACGAAUCAUCGAUUCGUGAUUAUCUUUCGUAUACAAUUAGUGCUUUCACCACUUUAUCUAAGCCCCCGGUCUCUUUAUUGUCUCUAUUAUGUCGACGAGAACGCGGCUCACGAAUGACCUCAAUCGCUUGGAAAGGUGAUCCCUUUUUCCAGACAACGGUGAUAAAUUUACUCGACAAUCCAAUAGUCGAUAAUAUCAACAAACUUUUCUUCAAAUUUUCCGGAAUCAGUUUGAGAAAUAUCAAAAUCCCUCGUCAGAAAGAUUGGAUUAUCCCUUUUGAUGGUAAUCCAGUGGUUCAUCGUGACACUCUUGAUCAACCACCAACGGAAUCAUUUGUUACAUGUGAUCAAAUUAAAUUACGUUUAUAUCAAGUGGACAAUUUACCACCCAAUGGAACUGUUAUCAUCCAUAUUCAGGGUGGUGGUUUCAUGGUUGAUGCUCAUGCAGUUCAUGCAAGUUAUAUUAAAUCGUGGUUACCCCAACUAUCUGGAGCAAUUGUGGUCAAUAUUGAUUACAGUUUAAGUGUCCGUUAUCCCGUUGCUCUACAAGAAAUUGUCGAUUCCAUCCUUUGGUUAGUCAGUCCAAACAAUAUUACCGAAAUCGCUACGACCCUACAGUUUAUACCCGAUAAUUUAAUUAUCCUUGGUGAUUCUUGCGGUGGUUAUUUGGGUUUGGCUGCUUGUGCCGUUCUCCGAGAUAUCAAAGAUCUUGCCCCAGGUCAAAUUACCGUUUUCCCUUCGUCGUUAGUUUGUUUAUCUCCGGUCAUGGCUCCAGUUAAUCUCAACUAUUCACCUUCUUUACUAUUGUCAAUGCUUGACCCUUUUCUAUGUCCAACUCUUAAUCUUCAAGUUUUAUCUCUUUAUUCAACUGGUAUUACCUUGGAUUCUGAAUGUCAAUCGACUAUCGAUCUAUCUGCAACUGUGACGAUGUCAUCAUCAUCUUCUUCUUCAUCUUCAGAAUCUUCAUCACCGAUUAUCGGCUAUGUGAAAGAGUCUCUUUGGUUUACUUUGGGUCGAUGUCUAUUUGGUCGGGAUGUUUGCUGGUUCGAUUGUGAUCCGAUUACCUUUGAGAAAAGAUUGAACAAAUUGACCGAUAAACUUUUCCAUCCUUACAUUUCAUUAUUAACUUCUUACGAUUUAAAUCGACUAACUGACCAUUUAAAGGUUCACCUGGUCACCUCUGAUCUUGAUGUUCAACUGGACAGUGCACUUGAAUUCGAAAGAGUUUGGAAAGGUUCACUGACCAUCGAUAUUGUUGAUGAUCUUCCUCACGGUUUCUAUGCUUUCUCAAUGCUUUCCAAAACCGCCAAAGAUGGUGCACAAAUUUGUCUCGACCGGUUGAAACAGUCAAUCAAUCGUUAA